AUGACGCCUCGAGUUUCGGCAAAACCGGAAACGUGUUAUUUGGCGAGUUUGAGCGAUCAAUUAGACAAGUUUUGGUCCAUUGAAGAGGUGACGGUAAACAGAUUAAGUUCAAAGGACGAAGAUGAAUGUGAAGCGUCUUUUAUACACAAUGUGAGACGUUCAGAGUGCGGACGUUAUAUAGUCCGUUUACCGUUUCGUAAGUCGGGUCAGCGUCUCAGCGAAUCGCGGUCCCUCGCACUCAAACGUCUAUCGGCGCUAGAGCGAAAGUUUCAGACCAAUACAAGACUUCAAACCGAGUAUACUCAAAUAAUCGACGAGUAUCUAAAACGGAAUUACAUGUCCGUAGUAGAAGAUCCUGUUGACGAAGGAUAUUACAUGCCUCACCACGCGGUAAUAAAAGAAACAAGCAACACCACCAAGGUGCGAGUGGUAUUCGACGCGUCCGCGAAGACAAGCAACGGUGUUUCUCUAAAUGAUGCAUUACUAGUCGGGCCCGUUAUUCAGAAUACUUUGUUCUCACAUUUAUUGCGAUUCCGCGUGUAUAAAUACGUCGUCACAGCGGAUAUUGAGAAAAUGUAUCUACAAAUACGGUUGCACGAGGAUGAUCGUAGGUAUCAGCGGGUGCUUUGGCGUAAAGAUCAUAAGAUUGUGACACUUCAGUUUAACACUCUGACAUUCGGCGUUUCAUCUUCAUCGUUUCUCGCGGUUCGUACUGUGCACCAGUUGGCAAACGACGAGGGUCAUACGUGCCCAAGAGCGGCUGAGAUCCUUCGAAAACAUUUAUAUGUGGAUGAUUUGUUAUCUGGAGCCAAUAGUAUCGAUAAAGCUCGAGCGAUUCGGGACGAAGUAAUUGCGUUGCUUGCGAGAGGCGGAUUGACUAUCAGGCAGUGGGCUUCUAACGAAGAGCGCAGCAUUAGCGACUUAGCGGCUGGCGCGUUGCAUGCAAGUUUCAGGUUCGAUAAAACGUAUUCUGUGAAGACGCUCGGCAUAACGUGGCACGCGCAAGAGGACGAAAUACGUUAUUCGAUCUGA